AUGUGGAUAAAUUUUGUUAAGGAUUUGCUCUUACACUGGUUACCGACGGGUUCGCGUACGGAUUUCUGCUUGAAUCUCGCCGCUGCAGCUGACUGCACUAAUACAACCAUACUACUGAUGGAAACACGGAAUCGCUUGAAUGACGCUUUCGAGAUAUUAUUCAAGCAAAUUUCUGAGAGCGAAGGUGACCAACAACGUUUUGUGCUCUGGCUGGACAGAGGAUUGUCAUUCUGUAGCCGACACACAAGUUCCGCUCAUUCGAAAGGAUGGUUACUUCGAAUUAUGCGAACGGUUACACGUGCAGUCGUCGAGAACGACACCGCAGACAUGGAGCUUCGUCUUCAGUCGCUAGCGGGCGGCAUACUGGAGAACGGUUCUGAGCAUUCCCUAGAGCUCGUUGAAUGUCUAUUGGACUAUCCCGCUUUCAAGAAUGGACGGUUUAGAGAUUACGCUCCCUUAAUCAACAAGAUUCUUGGUACAUGCUCACAUGAAACAUUCCUCAUAAAGCAGCUCCUUAUGUGCAUUGAUGAGGAAAGUGCUGAAGAGCUGUCACUGCUGCAAAAUCUGGUUUCUCGGAAAAUUGGCGAUUUCAUCGAGGAUGAAUGUAUUCAGUGUCGGUCUGGCGUUACAAAAGCUGCAUAUCUUUUCAGCUGUGGCCACCUCAUUCACUUGGAAUGUGAUGGCGGAAGUCGUAGAUGUCCGUGUGAGAACGCAGUGACAAAGCUACUUGAUCAGCGCCGAUUCGACAUGCAGAUGUCCAUGGUAAAGCCGCGAUAUCAGCAGAAAUUUCAGACGACUAGGGAUAUUUUCGUGAAAUGGGAUGACCCUUUGUUGCUUGUACCUCAUUGA